AUGCCUAAAAGAACAAUCAUUCUCACCGGCGCACCAGAAAGCAGCGCGCUAGAUUGGGACUCGGCCAAACUACUCUCAGAAUUUCAGGACAAUGUCGCUCGCUUUGCGCGCCACAAGCGAGUAAAGCGAGACAAAGAUGUCGCGUCUCGCUCAUCUGGCUCGCAGCCCAAAUUUGCCGUUUGGCGAUCGCUGUCCCUCGAGAAGAAAUCAAUCUCUACCGGCUUCUCCCAGCAGUUCACCCCGAGUUUCCCCUACAUUCCUGCCGGCUCCUUUCCCGAGACAGCCACCGAAUUCUUGACCACCAUUUCCUUAUCCUCCACCUCUGACGACCAUCACGUUGAGAACAAGAACAACCUGGCGCUGUCUCAAUUCUAUGAGCAUUCACUGGCCAUGCACCAACAGGACCUGGCCUCCUCCCAACUCAUCAUGACUCAGUCGAGCGUCUACGACACCACGUCUUAUAUGUCUGAUGAGUAUACUACCUCGCUCUUGAGCGGGCAGGGCUCCCAGCAACCUCCCAAGGAGCCCCUACCGCUGAGAGAUGUGAUUGUCGACCUCACCAACAUCCCAUCGGCCGCCUACCUCGAGAGAAUUCAGCCGCAGACGGUGACAUGCACGCUCAUCGUGGGCAUUAUCUCGAUCUCGCAGCCUCGCAUGAUCACCACGCGCUGGGGCGCCACCAAACACCUUGUGGAGGUGCUCGUUGGCGAUGAGACUAAGGCUGGCUUUGCCAUCACGUACUGGCUACCGUCCGACAGCGUAUCGAACAGUCCACUGGCUGGGCUUCGGCCGCAGGACAUUGUGUUGAUGCAGCACGUAGGGCUCAACGUCUUCUCUGGCAGGGUGUAUGGAUGCAGUUUACGACGGGACCUAACUAAGGUCCAUCUGCUCUACCGUGCACGGCUGGAUUCGAAAGAUACUGGCGGCUAUUACAGCACAACGGAUCUAUCUGCACAUAGUCCACACCCGCAGCUGAGAAAGACACGGCGAGUGCGUGACUGGGUCAUCAACUUCGUCGGCCAGGGGGCGGUUGGGCCGAAGUCAAAGUCUAGACCUCGCUGGGACGUGCGGCCGGCGGAUGAGACGCAAUUGCCCUGA